AUGAUGGAUCAGAUAAAUAGUGCCAUUGUUGAUGAUAUUUACCAAAUUAUCGGAUUCCCACUCCGCAAGACGGGCCUAGGCUGGCAGGACCCUACCCCAGAAUUGGGCGUUAUUGCGGCUGGAAUUACGACAAUUGCCAAUAUCCACACACAUUAUGCAUCUCCAGCGGGAUCUCUCAGCCUCAGCCAAUUGAUAUGA